AUGGCAGACAGCUGGAUUUACACGACGCUCUCUUAUGGCGGGCUGGAGUUUGUGACGUUUGUUCUAGUAGACGCAGUGGUCAAGUCCCCACUCAGAGAUGCAGCGACUGAUGGAGAAAAACGGACGAUAUGGCUGUAUGAAUCUGUAGGCCUAAGCUUAAUAUGUUUCCUAGUCUAUCUGCUCCAUCAUAUGCCCUACCUGCUGAUCCUCCUCACCGGCAUCACAUUUGUGUACACACAGCUGCUCAGUCGCACGGACUUGACAAACAUUGUAGCAGACCUACGAGCUCAUUGGGAGAACCACCUUCAGCAUGAGGAGAGCAUGAAACAGCUGGAGCAGCAGAAGUAUCUUCAGCAGCAGCAGCAGACGCUGGGCAUGCCAAACUUCCCCACACCUGGCAUCAACAACCUGGGGGGCCAGAAUGCAGAGCAGAAUUAUGGGAUAAGUUUUCCGUUUCUCACUAAGCAGCCAGCUUUGCAUUAUCCCCCAAAUGCUACGGUAGUUCCUGGCCAAGACACACCAGUAUACUCUCUGAAUCCAAGUAUUGGGUUGUACAGAGAUGGGAUCAGGCAUUCACGGGGAGCCUACACUUCGUACAACAGGAGCUGGAACAAUGUUGCUGCAACAAAUUACUCUGCUGUUGAUGUCCAGCAUGCCUUACCAGCUGUCACAAAUGCAGCUUAUGACAGUACUGUCACAACAAUACAAAAUACUAACUCAAAUGGGCGCCAGUUUCUUUGGUCAGAUCAGAACUUACCCAGGCGAUCACUUCAUCCAAAUAUCAGUACGAGGGCUCUCUCAAAACCUUCUUCAACAUCUUCUAUAAAAUCAAAGGUAAUGAGUAUGGUAGGGUACGGCCCGACAACUUUACGGCCAAUUGGAUUAGUUAAUUAUGGACAAAAUGUUUGCUUUAUUAACUCGGUUGUUCAGUGUUUAGCCCGAGGUCCUUAUCUAGUGGAGAACCUGACGGCAAUUGCAGCCAAAGAGUUAGAAUGUACUGUCUUUGAAUCUCAGCUGUUAUCGUCCUUGACAGAGCUGCUUGAUCAUUUGACUCUUCCCCCCGAUGAAUCUCAACAAAAGGCAUUGUCCGUUAAUAAAUUUCGACUGGCCUGUUCUAAUUUAAACCCACAGCUAGUAACGCCGCCAGGACAACAUAUGAAACAGCAGGACGCUGCAGAGUUUCUCAUGUGGCUUCUAGCGGUUUUGCACGGGAUUUUAAACAAGAAUCGAAGAGCUCUUGAUGCUGAUUCGACAGAUGACUGUGGGUUUACCAGCCCAAGACUGGCAAGCCUAAAGCUGAUCUACGGUGACCUGUCUCCGAACCGUGUACAGGAACUGAGGAAUCAGUGUAGGAAAGACAUUGCUGCUGCUAACGGCCUGGAGAAUGAAUCAUAUGCUGAAGCUAUUCAAAGACUCAGUGAUUUAGAGUGGCUGAUCUAUAAACAGACAAACGACACAUUGAUUGACAGUUUGUUCACAGGCCAGCUGGUGGAGGCCUACCACGACGUCAACCAUGGCAGCAUUUCUGUCAACCUGCAGACUUUCAACGUCCUCCCUGUGCCCAUAGAUUAUCCAGAUAGCUACUCUGGCUUAGUUAUGUUAGAUGAUUGCUUCGCUAGAUUUUGUCAUGUGGAGAACAUCAGUGAGGCAUCUUCUAAUACUGUGGUCAUGAAAAGUGACCAACAGGUGGCGUCAGGUGUCCUUAGAAAUCGAAAUCUUCAUGUGAAAGCUCUGGGUGGCUCACCUACCACCCCACAGAAUUUCCGACUUUCUAAAGAGCCUGAUUUGGCCUGCAUGCUAUCCCCAAUUCAUCCGUCCAUGUAUCCAGGAUUAUCCACGGCCAACACAUUCACACCGCAAACAUUACCUACGUCACCACCUGUCCAGACUUUUCUCAGAGCCAAUCCUGGCAAUGAUAGUGGCUUCCUUGACAACACAUUUAAGACCUCAACACCUCUUGGGAAAGACAGCGCAGGUUCAAAGCUACAGGAAAAGAUUCAGCGCCGCUGCCUACUGCGCCAGCUGCCAGAAUGCCUAAUUAUUCAAUUAAUGAGGUUCCGGUAUGAUAGCCUAGCUCAGCGCCCUACUAAAGUUACUACAGCAGUCAGCGUACGUUUACGUGAUUUCAAUUUACGAGAUGUCAUCUACGACAAUGUUAUGCAUCGUGGUGAUUUGACUGUUUCGGAUUCUAAGUAUGUUUAUGAACUGUAUGGACUGUGCCUACACCUUGGUGCAGACAGCACGUCUCAUGGUCACUAUAUUAGCUACGUCCAAGACAGGGGUCAUUGGUACCGCAUGGAUGAUCAAAAUGUGGUGGAGGUCAAUAUGGAGUUUCAGUUGAACUCUGAGGAAAUUCGGCAAAAUGCCUACUUGUUAUUUUACAGGCGAACUGUUUAA